AUGCGGCCUGGAGGCUACUACCCGCGUGCAAACGGCAAUGGCGGCGGCUUCCGCCACGGGGGAGGCCACCAGCCCUACCGCCCGCCGGCGCCGCCGGAGCAGCAGCAGAUGACGCCGCAACAGAGGGAAGCUGUUCUGAUGGCGGCCGGCCGCCUCGCCGCGGAGUACCUCGUGGACAGAGGCGACCUGCCCUCGGACGUGCUGGAGAACCGCCGCCCGCCUGCCCCGAUCCCGUUCCAGCAGCAAGGCCCGCCCGCGCCCCGCUUCCACCAAGGCCGCGGCCCGCCGCCGCCGCAGCACCACCAGCCAGCGGGGCCCCGCCCGUUCCACUCCUUCCAUCAUGGGCAGCAGCGUCCGCAUCGGCGGUUCGCGGGCCCCCGCCCGUUCCAAUUCCACGGAGGCCACGGCCCGUUCCCGAAGCGGCCGCGCCAGGGCCCGCCACGUUCGUUCCCGUACGGCCCGCGCGCGGUGGCCGCUCCUCCCGACAAGGAGACGACGGGGUGCGCCGGCCAGGGCGCGGCGGCGCCCCCCGUGGCCAAGAGUGAAGUGCAACAAGACGAGGGGAACGUCGCGGUGGCCGGAGAGGCGGGUGAAUCGCAGCCGACGGCGCAGCCGGGCAGUGCGACUAGCGGCGGCACGGAGCAGGUGAACGAGCCAAGCAGCAGUUCCCUUGGCGCCAACGACGACGAAUCAAGUUAG